UGGUGUGGGAACAAUUCCAAUCAACCUUUCAAAAUGCGCUCGCAGAAGCAAGUCGAAUGCCGGCUAUUUCUGCGCAAGGGGAUGAGAUCCAAAUUGAAGGAGAAGGGCCGAUUGGGUGCCUCGCAGCUUGUGCCAAUGCGUGUCUUGCACAUUUGCUGCGAACUAGCUCUACACCGGCAUUGGCUUUUCCACAAUCAACCGAACUCUUCGUGGCAAUUGCACACUCCUUUCAAGAGAUAUGUCAGAGCCCCCAUCGGGUCAUUCGGGCUUUUGCAAUGGAACCAAUCUUCUCCCUGCAUAAAACACUGGUGCAGCAUGCCCUAGAGUGUGAAGAAGGUAUCCACCCGCCUUUGGACCCUGGGUUGCAAGAUGCCGUGGUCGAACUUUUUGUUCGUUGCGCCAUGAGUCUUGCCAUUGCUUGUGGGUAUUCGGCGGAUUAUUUCCAGGACUUUGGUGCCAUGAGCGAUGAGGAUCUGGAGAUUGAGCGCAACGAUGUGAGGGACGUCAUUCGAACUGUGGCUGUGUCAGAACGUGGUGGUUCUACAGCUUUUGCCGAUGUGACACGGCCUCCGCUGGAGGUGACGCUGAAAGUCCUAGCCAGACUAUUGCAUGCCUGCUUCGAGUCAAUCGAUGCUUCCCGGAAAGCCAGUCAGUUGUUUCACGAAACGGCCGUGCAUUGCUACUCGGCUUUGGCAAAAUCUCUGAACCAGCUGUCAAAGUUCUAUGCAAAGACUGGCCAACCAUCGGUCGCUCCGGAAAUUCUGGGACUGGCCCUUCAAAUCAUGACCACGUCGCUUCAGAUUGUGAUUGAAGGAUUCACUUCGUCGUCUCUGCAGGACCUUUUUCCUGUCAGCCGAAUUGCCAACCUAGCAAUAGCUGCUUUGUCGCCGAUGAUGUCAAACUUGUGCACUAUACCAAGAUUUGAAGAGGACGUGAAGGCGGCUUUGAGACUUUCAUUGAGUGUCGCUGCCAUGUCCGUGGCGCAGAUUCCAGAGCUUGCAACUUCGUCUGAGCUGGGAAAUGCAACUUAUGACAUUCGUGGGGCAGCACGAGGGCCGGGUGGUGAGGAUCACGUGGGAUGCCUGGCCAUCAUGAGGUUGACAUUCGAAUCAGAACAACUGGCAGGAAAGCUCAUCGAGGCAGCGGGCACUGACAUAUCGCAGCUGGGCCAACUACACUCUCAGUUAAAGUCAAUUGAAGUGAAACGCGGCAAGGGGAUUGUUCAUGGCGAAGGGAGCACCCCAACGUCUAGAAGAAUCCUUUUGGGUGUCAUCUGCCACUUGGAAAUCGUCUCCAAGGGAUCAGCAGGUUGCUCAUCCAUGCUGACCGAGAUUUUUCACAAUGCCUUUUCGUCAAUUGCCAGUUUCGCCAAUUCGGACCAGUCAUACCUGGAUGACGACAAAGUGAUUUUUCAAAUCUGUGAAUCCACCUGGGAUCUUGCUGCGUUUUCGCCUAUCAUCGUCGAAUCUCUAUUCGCUUCGGAAGGGGAGCAUGCGACAACAAAACUUGAUUGCUUGAGGGUACUCACAAAAUGCAUAUGCCGCGGGUAUGAAAGGCCGUCAAUAUAUGACGAGGGGACGCAGCCAGCUGCCGUUAUUAUGGUUGCCAUGGAGUGGAACCGUUUGAGAGCGGGUUUCUUUGCGUUGCUGAAGACAAGCAUAUCAGCAAAGAUGCCACAAACUCUGUUUGAGAGUGUUGAGGCAAUCAUCCGAUCCGAGUGUGAAGCUGCACAAGUUCAGUGCCAAGCAGGUCCAUCAUCAGGAUCCUCAAUUUUCAAUGAUGAGGUGGUCUCUGCUGAGCAUAUCCCGGCUGGACUCUUUGUUCGCAUUAUUCAAGAAAUGAUCGAGUCUCUACAGGAAAAACCAAACAAUGAAACAGCUCUUGGAAGCUGCGUGACGACACUCGAAAGAGUCAAGCCAUAUGUGCUCGGCGCAGUAACUCAUCCAUGUCAAGACCCGCAAUGCUUCGCCGAUCCCCGUCCUGCACUUUUUGAAGCUUGGUUCUUGGUGAUGGCGACGUUGUCCAACAAGGCAGCCACGUUGCAGGUAGGAAGUGAAGCUACCCUCCGAAACCUGUUGGUGGACUCUUGUGUUGCCGCGAUUUCCCUUCUGUUCAGCCCUUUCCUCAGCAAAACACGAGAUCUACGAAGCCAGAGUCCUUGCCUCAGCUUUGAAGGACCCCAAACACUCGCGUUGAUGGAGUUUCUCUGCAGCUACUUUGCAUUGGGACCAGCCAUGUUGCAACCUGCAUGCCACGAAUUGAUUCGGAGAUUCCCGAUUGAUACUGCAAAGGCAAACCAAUUCACCACGGACGUACAGUGUCAUAGUGUUGCCAUCAUUGGAGCUGCACUGUACAGGGUUGCACAAGGAGCAUUGCCUCCAUGGUCUGUCGAAUCCAUCCAUGAGGUCUAUGCCGCGCUCUUUCUUGCUCUCAACAGAGAUGUGAAUGCCUUUGGCAGCAUGUUGCAUCUGGGAAUGGAAAUCCGUCUUGCACCGGGCGCCAAUAGGGGGGGUGUCAAAUCCGAGGAGCUUUUGUCGGGCCCUCUCUUUGAGGGGGUCAAGCAGCCUGCCAAGCAAAGGUUCGUACAGGAGUCCGUGGAGCUGUGCAAACAAGACAACAACGGCGCCUGGAAACGGAUGAAAGUGUUGUUGAAGAAGUUUUGUGGUGGAAAGAAGAUUGGUACAGAUUUUGCCCAAAAGUCAUCGCCCACAAACUGGCUGUUUGAAAGAGUUUAGAGAUUGCAUUCUUAACUAGCUAGCUAGUGCUAUCUUCCAAGAGAGCAUGAUGUUUCAGCAUGGCUUAUUACACUGUAGGUCAAUGCAAACUCGCCACGGCUCUCAAUCAACUGAACCUACUACGAUGUAGCUAGCUACUAGCCUCUUCCUCUUUC